ACCCGUUUAUUGACAGAAUAACUCUGUUUACUUUGCUCUAGCUGGACCGUAGUUCCUUUCUGUGAAAAACAAGGGGCACGUACAUAUCUGUGGGGCUGCAAGCUGAAGGUGGUGCAGGCAAGGUAGGUGAGGUGGACCUGUGGUGAGGAGAAAACCAGAUGCUGCAGGGAGGAGCAAGCAGUGGUGCAACAGAGUGUGGGGAGCCCAACUUCAGGAGACUGGGAAGCAAGAAGUGCAAGAAGAGCAGAGAGAGUCCUGCUGGUUGGGACUGAGAGACACUGUGCUUUGCUUUCAUUUGCAUGACCGCUGUGACUACUGGAUCCACUAUCGACUGCCAUCUUCCCUCCUUCAAGUGACCUGCACCUGCCAGCCAGCAUCUGUGUACACUCCUUGUCUUUUGCCUCUCCUUCCGACGGGACUGAGAAGGGUAGCUAAGAAAUACAACAGUUGCUCAGCAACUCUCUGUCCCCCGAGGAGGACAACGUAAGCUAUCUGCAGGAGCCUCUUGGGCUGUUAUUCUCUGCACAGCUGGAAGUGUCCCUACCUUGUCUUUUUUCGGUCAAUCCCCUCACAGCCUGCGGAUCUUCUCCUCCUGCCAGCCUCCAAAACCUCCAUUUCAGGAAAAAAAACCCUUGUUGCACAGGGUGUGCUGACCCAUCACAGCAGGACAAAGGCCGAGCUGAAGGGACAUGGAAUCAGGUUAUUGAUCGCUGACGAGACCUUGAGCUUGGGUGCUCUUGAUGGAGGCCCAGGAACAAGAAGAAGAUGCCAGCUCCCUCUCAAAAGGCGAAUCAGAGACUAACACACGUGACUGCCUCCGCUAUGUGCCCCUCGGGAUAGUCUUUCUUUUGCUGGCUGGAGCUGCUGCAGCAACUUGGUAUUUCCUAGACUACAGACCUUGGCACCUGGAACCAGCCAUCCUGCAGUUUUACUCUGGCAGCCUCCAGGUCCUCAAUCGCCGAUACUACCCAGACCUCGGGCAGGUGGAGUCCAGAGCAUACUGGUUGGAGUCAGCUAAGCUGCAGAAGAUGCUGAAGGAACUGAUUGAUGCCACAGAGCUGGGUCGCUAUUACAACUCGAGCACAGUGUAUGCCUUUGGGGAGGGGGCUCUGACCUUCUUCUUCUGGUUUGCCCUCCAAAUCCCUGAGAGUCAGCAGAAGGAGAUGACUGCUGAGAGGGUAAAUACAAUGCUCCACCAAGAGCUCUCCACCAGGUUCAACAGCUCUGACAGCCCAUCCUACCAGAUGGAGUACAGGGUCAACCCAGACUCACUGGUUCUGCUGGAAUCCAGUGUGAAAGACAUAGUAGUGCUGAAAUCCACUCUGGGUUGCUACAGGUACAGCUAUGUCCAGGAUGAUGAUGUUCUGAGGCUGGAGGGCCCUGAUUACCUGGCCUCCAGUUGUCUUUGGCACCUCCAUGGACUCAAGGGCUACAUGAUCAAGCUACGCCUGGAAUGGACUAUCCCGGACUGCAGGGACCGCCUGGCCAUGUACGACGCAGCUGGGCCCCUGGAGAAACACCUCAUCACCUCGAUCUAUGGCUGCAGCCGCCAGGAGCCCGUUGUUGAAGUCCUUUCAUCUGGUCCUGUCAUGUCCAUUUUGUGGAAGAAAGCCAUGUACAGCUACUAUGACCCCUUCAUUCUCUCAGCACAGGCGGUGCCCCUCAAAGCCUGUGAAGUGAAUAUAACCCUGCAGGAGGGCCUGGAGCCACAGGGGAAGAUCAGGACCCCACACUACCCCAGUUACUACUCUCCCCACACACAAUGCACCUGGCACAUGACGGUCCCAUCACUCUCCUAUGGGGUCACCCUGUGGUUUGAUGCCUAUGCGCUCAGCAGACAGAAGAAUGACGUGCCCUGUACCCAAGGCCAGUGGACAAUACAGAACAGAAGGUUGUGUGGCCUGAGAACCCUGCAAGCCUAUGCUGAGCGGAUCCCAGUCACAUCCUCUACUGACAUCACCAUCACCUUCACCUCACAGAUCUCCUUAACUGGCCCUGGUGUACAGGCAGCUUACGGCCUCUACAAUCAAUCUGACCCUUGUCCUGGGGAGUUCCUGUGUUUGGUGAAUGGCUUGUGCGUCCCAGCCUGUGAUGGGAUCAAAGAUUGCCCCAAUGGCCUGGAUGAGAGAAAUUGUGUGUGCCCUGCAAAGUUCCAGUGCCAUGAGGACAGCACUUGCAUCAGGUUCAGCAGGGUCUGUGAUCAGCAGCUGGACUGUGCCAACGGGAGCGACGAGGAGCAGUGCGGUGAAGGAGUCCCCUGUGGCCCUUUUACCUACCGCUGUGAAGAUGGGACCUGUGUGAAGAAACCCAACCCUUUGUGUGACACCACUGCAGAUUGCAAGGACCUGUCUGAUGAGAAGCAUUGUGACUGUGGGCUGCAAGCCCCUCUCAGCAGGAUCGUGGGUGGUGAGAAUUCUGUGGAAGGGGAAUGGCCGUGGCAGGCCAGCCUGCAAGUUCGGGGACGCCACAUUUGUGGGGGAACCCUGAUUGCUGACCGCUGGGUGGUCUCAGCUGCACACUGCUUCCAGGAUGAGAGCCUGGCUUCCACCUCCAUCUGGACUGUUUACUUGGGCAAAUAUUUUCAAAAUGCCACCAGCCACACAGAGGUGUCCUUCAAGGUGAUCCGUCUCUUCCUCCACCCUUAUUAUGAGGAGGACAGCCAUGAUUAUGAUGUGGCCCUGCUCCAGCUGGACCAUCCUGUGAUCAUCUCACCCUUAAUCCAGCCCAUCUGUUUGCCAGCUCCUUCUCACUUCUUUGAGCCUGGCCUUCAUUGCUGGAUCACUGGCUGGGGAGCCCUCAAGGAAGGUGGACACAUCAGCAAUGUUCUACAGAAGGUGGACGUGGAGAUCAUCCAGCAGGACAUCUGCAGCGAGGCCUACCAUUACACGAUUUCUCCCAGGAUGCUAUGUGCUGGGUACCACAAUGGAAAGAAAGAUGCCUGCCAGGGUGAUUCUGGAGGUCCACUGGCCUGCAAGGAACGCAGUGGCAGGUGGUUUCUGGCUGGUUUGGUCAGCUGGGGAAUGGGAUGUGCACGUCCAAAUCACUAUGGAGUAUACACCAGGAUCACUCAAGUGUUGGGCUGGAUGAACCAAACCAUGAGCUGAGAAAAGUGCAUCUCUGCCUUCUGCCCAUCAGACCUACGCUCACAUGGCAGUCAUUCCUGAUCUUGCUCACUUGCAUCUCAGAGAGAAUUUCUGUGUGGGAUGUUGUCAGACCCAAGAUGCUAUUCUGAGCUGGGUAAAAAGAAAAACUGCACUGAGGAUUCUAGAGAAAAGCAGGCAAACCCUCUUCCCCCUCAGUGCUUCCCCAGGAGCAUCCCAAGAUGGUUUUAGGCCACCCAUCAAAAAAAAGUUGUCAGCGGGGACAGGUGGGACCUGAGACACAGCAACAGACCCAAGUUGGUGGUUUCUGUGAAAAGAAAUAAGGGAGGUUGAACUUUCCACGAACCAUGCAAUCCAGCUCCAGUCUUAUGCUGGAACAACAUUUGCUGUAAGAAAACAUGACUGAUGUAGUUAGAGAUUCCAGUAACUGUGAAAUCAAUCUGCCUCCCUCAUCCUUUCUGCUGCUCGUCCUUCUUCCCUCUUCCCCUCCCAUCACUCCUCCUCUUCCAUCUCCCUAAUUGCUUCUUUUCUUAGCUGGCGUAUGCUGCUCAGUGUGCUGUUGAGCUCAGCCAGGCGACUCUUCACAUCUCACUGACUCCCAGGCACGAGUCCAGCAUCACACCCCCAAGCACGUGUCCUGCCUCCCUGCUGGAGCAGCACCCAGCCUCCACUGCUGCACUUGGAAUCCCUCAGGAAAAGGCCCCGGUAAAAACAUGGGAGCAGCCUCCCCAUCCCUUUCCUUCAGACCUUCUGAGUACCUUUAACAUGAGAGCAUCUCAACUGCUUCCAUCUCCUAACUCACAUUACCCAGGCAGUGAAGGAGAAGGCUUAAGGGUACCGUGCUUAAAGAGUUACGGGUUUGGGUUUUUUACUAAAGAUAUACAUAUAUAUGCAUGUGUGUGUUUGUGUGUGUGUGUAUACACAAUGGGCAACUCUCUGGAAGUAGGAAUAAAAUAAAUAAAUAAAUUUGAGGGGGUUUUGUGGCU